GGCCGUUGACUGUCCCCUCAACUGCGGUGGCGACACUGGGGUGUCGUGUGUAUAAAGAAGGGCUGAUGGGGCCUCCUAAUCUUGGCCAUUGUGCCUCCAAGUCGGUUUCACCUUGGUCCAUCCGAGGUGUACUCAUCCUUCUUGACAACGGUCUACAAUCAUGAAGUUCUCAACAUCAUCGGCGGCCAUGUGCGCCGCUCUGCUCCCAGGAGCAUCGGCAACCAUCUACUUCGCCGGCGUCGCCCAGUCAGGCGGCGAGUUCGGCGUCUGGAGCGAGGAUGCAACCAAAGGAACCGGCUUGCCAGGCCGGUUCGGAACCGACUACCAGUUCAUCGACACCGCGGGUGUUGACAUCAUGGUCGACGAGCACAAGGUCAACCUCCACCGCGUCGCCUUCCUGGUGGAGCGCAUGUGCCCGCCGGCGGACGGCCUCGGAGCCAAGUUCAACGAAACCCACUUCGACCACUUCAAGGAGGCCGUCGACUACAUCACCGUGACCAAGGGCGCUUAUGCCAUCCUGGACCCGCACAACUACAUGCGGUACAACGACCCCUCCUCCCAGCCCUACAGCGGCAGCGUGAUCGGCAACGCGUCAGACCCGACAGCGGCAACGACAGCCCAGUUCGGCGAGUUCUGGGGAGAGCUCGCAGGACGGUUCGCAGACAACGAGAAAGUCAUCUUCGGCCUGAUGAACGAGCCGCACGACAUGUCGAGCGCGGUGCUGCUGGACAACCUGCAGGCGGCGGUGGACGCGAUCCGGGAGACGGGGGCGACCAACCUGAUCCUGGCACCGGGCAACUCGUGGACGGGCGGGCACGGGUGGACCGAGGGCGGGGACGAGGCGAGCAGCGCGUGGCUGCACAAGCUGGCGGACCCGGCCAACAACACGGCCAUCGACAUCCACGAGUACCUGGACGAGGACUUCAGCGGCAGCCACACGGCCUGCACGCAGGACCCGGCCGAGAACCUGGCCGGGGUCACGGCCUGGCUGCGCGAGCACGGCCUCAAGGCCAUGAUCACCGAGUUUGGCGGCUCCAACACCACCGAGUGCACCACCAUGCUGAACGGCAUCCUGGACUACAUGGCCGAGAACGAGGAGUACAUCGGCUGGACGGCGUGGGCGGCGGGCCCGUUCUGGGGCCCCAACAGCCCGUGCUGCACCGACCAGGAGCAGUUGGGCAGUCUGGAGCCGGGGAGCAAGGCUGCCGGUGGGGCGCCGAGUCUGUAUGACACCGUGUGGCUGCCCGUGUUCCAGAAGAAGGUGCCGGCGAAGCUGCAGUGGAGCGGGAUGGCGAGCGUCGAGGGCGGCGAGUUGACGGAGAAGGCGUAGGGUCUCCCAGAAGGGGCCCAGGGGAUAUAUGUAUGUUGGUCGAGUUGGAGGGCGGUGGAUGGUUGGGAAACAACAAGUAUAUUACUUCGCUUCAUGGUAGUUAGUGAAAAUAACCUUGCUUCUGCUCAAUCGCUUACACAACAUGGCCAAGCUGUCUCAAGUCGGCGGAUAUGAAAGGAGUCGAAGAACAGUAUAGGGGUAAUUAGGGGUUAGGGUUGGUAGAGGUGUCCAGGUCGCACCCUGGUGUGGGCUGGGCUGCCAAGCCAGGGUCCAGCGCUUGAACCA